GCCGCGUAAUGUCUUCUCUCGUCGUGUCAUCCACCAUGCCAGCAUGAGGCGGCUCACGAUCCUUCUCCUCGCCCUCGCGCUUGCGCUGCUUGUUCUAGCCGAGCCUUCUGUGCGGGGCGACGCGGACAACUCCCUCGAUGCCGAUGCCGAUGCCGAUGCCGACGCCGACGCCGACGCCCUCGACGUGGACAUGCCAGAAGAACCAGAUCCUUGCGCAAGCCUAUACACCGCACACGACAUCCUCCAGGCUCUCCAGCCGAACCGGUAUGCGCACCUCCACAGGAAGCUCGGCGGCGCCGCGCCUGCGCGGAGGUUACCGGACGAGCUGGGGUGGAGCAGCCAAGGCCCCCUCUCCUCCGCGCUCCGCAUCUCCUCCCGCCUAGUCUCCACCCUCAACCCCCUCAACCUCCUCUCCAAAGUCCAGCGGCCCUCCGCGCGCCGCCCUCGCAUCUCUGCCUCCACACGCGAACGCAUCGACCGCGUAUACGCCGCGCUCGACGAAGCCGACCAAAAAGGAUGCCCCACCGCUCUCGCAUUGCGCGCCGACAUGCUCCUCUUCCCCCCCUCGCGCGCCAUCCAGCAGGACCUGCCCGCCGCGUACGACCUCUACAAGCGCUAUCUCGACCUCUCGUCCGACGCGCACGCCCAGUUCGUCGUCGGCUUCUUCCAUGCUACUGGCGUCGGCGGCGUGCCACGCGACCAGGGGCUGGCCACGCUCUACUACACCUUCUCCGCAUUGCAGGGGCACAAGCCUGCGCAGAUGGCACUGGGAUACCGCCACUGGGCUGGAAUAGGGGUUAAAGAGGACUGCCUUACAGCGCUCAACUUUUACGAGAAGGCAGGCAAGAGCGCCUACGACAAGUACGUCGCUGGCCCUCCGGGCGGCGAAACACUCCCGCUCUCACCGUCCAGGAUCUCGGACCGCCUCGGUGGCGUGUUUGGGCCACAUGCCACAUGGUCUCUCACGGGGUUCAAUGUCCACUACAUGACCGUCAAGGCAAUCAACGCGCUCGCGCGCGGCGAGUCCGAGCCCGAAAUCCUCGAGUAUCUCAAGUACAACUCGGACCGGGGGCAGAUGCGCUACACAUGGCGCCUCGGGCACCACUACUAUGCCGGCUCGGUCUUUCCGCAUGGGUCGGGCGGUGUGUCGUCGGGCGCCGAGGAGAUUGGCGAGAUCCCGCAGAGCUUUGACGAGGCACGCAAGUACUUCCACAAGGUUGCGCGGCAGAUGUGGCCCGUCGACUUUGAGGCGGACGGCAAGCCUGGCCUGCGGAAGCAGAUGAGCGACGAGCGGAGGAAGGAGCUCAGCGACCCCGCUAUGGUUGCCGCCGCCUUUCUCGGGCGCAUGUAUAUGCGUGGCGAAGGCGUCAAGCAGGACUUCAAGCUCGCGCGGCUGUGGUACGAGCGCUCGGCGAAUCUCGGCGACCGCGAGUCGCAUAAUGGCUUGGGGAUUCUGUACCGCGACGGCCUCGGGGUCAAGAAGGACCUCGAAAAGGCUUUCAAGUACUUCCAAGCUGCGGCGGGCCUCGAGCUCCCCGACGCCGAGAUCAACAUUGGCAAAAUGUUGCUCGCACGCGGGGACAAGCUGCGCGCGAGCCAGUACUUCAUCCACGCGCUGCAGCACGGCUCGCCGUUCGAAGCGUUCUACCACCUCGCAACGUUGCACAGCGCGAGCGCACAUGCGCCGCUCGACCAGGGCUUCUCGCCCGGCGCAUGCGGCGUCGCCGUGGGCUAUUACAAGCUCGUGAGCGAAGUUGGCGCAUGGGACGACGACUACAUUGGCGAGGCGAACCGCGCGUGGGGUCGCGGCGAGGAGGACAAGGCGCUGCUUGGCUGGUGGAUCGCCGCGGAAAUGGGCUCCGAGAUCGGGCAGAACAACGUCGCGUUCAUGCUUAACCGCGGGUCCACGCACUUUGGGCGCCCGAUCCCCGCCGACACCGAACUCAUGCUCUGGACGCGCAGUGCCGCGCAGGGCAACGCCGACGCCAUGGUCAUGGUCGGUGACUCGUAUUACACCGGGACCUACCUCAACUCGAGCACGGCGACCAACAUCACGCACUCGUCGCCCGAUUACCGCCGCGCAUUCGGGUACUAUCAAACCGCGGCGGAGAAGCACAACCCCAUGGCCUACUGGAACCUCGGGUACAUGUACGAGAACGGGCUCGGCGUCCCGCGCGACUGGCAUCUCGCGAAGCGCAACUACGACUUGGCGCUGCACGUGUCCCCCGACGACGCCUACCUGCCAUGGGUGUUGAGCCUGACGAAGCUCUAUCUCCGGAGCUGGUGGACGGACAUGCGCACGCACGGCGGCGUGCCCGGCCUCGCGUUGUUCGACGACGAAGAGGCGCCCGGGGUGUGGGAGGGCAUCAAGAAGCUGUUCGCGGGCCCGCCGGAGCGCGAGCGCGCCCGCGACGACGACGAGUACGAGGACUACUCCGGCGCCGGGUGGGAGGGGGGCGCGGGCGACGACCUCGACGACGUCGAGGACAUGGCGGAGAACAUCGUCAUCCUCGCUGUCACGGGGCUUAUUAUGCUCCUCUUUUGGCUGCGCCAGCGCUGGGGCCAGAUCGGGUUCGCGGGGCUGCAGCAGCCUGCGCGCAUGGCGUAAUGUAUUGCUAGCAUAGAUUAGAGAAGGUCAGGCCGGCGAGCUGCCCGGAGGACGCUGAAGCUGCAGUCGCACGAGAAAUGUUGCAUUCUUUCGCUUGUCGAUGUGUCUAUCUCCCUCCGCCUUGCUACACCACCCUCUCGCCCUUGUCGUUCCACACUUUCUCGCUCACGUCAAUCUCCGUCGGCGUCUUGCGGCGCGCGAAGACGUGGAAGUGCGCGUACCCCGGCACGCUCUGCAGCCGGGGCGGGUUGACAAACCACAGCGUCUCGAAUCCGCGCGGGUCAAACAGCCCGCGCACCAUCUUGGCCACCUCGUGUCCCCCCUUCGCCUCGUACUCGACCCCAGCCCAGCGCCGGACUUCCGCGCCCGCAUACCGCACAUCGACGGCAUACCAACCCUCCCCGCCGGCGUCGGGGCACGCGCGCCCACUCACCGCCGCCGCCCCUGUGUCCCUCUCCGCCGCCGCCG